AACAAACGGCGUGCGUGACCAUAAUGUGCUCAUACAAACGCGCUGCUUUGAGCCCUAUUUAUUUUUCUUUCAAACACAGCAAGUUUAAACCCACUUUCAAAUUUGUGUCGUGAAGUCGAACAAUCAUGGGUUCACUUUCUGCCAUUGGCGACUGUUGAAGUACCCGGUUGUUCGAAGGGACGAGCCUGUGGUCGAUGAUUACCAUGGAGUCAAGAUUGCUGAUCCAUAUCGUUGGCAAUUAAAUGUUUUCUAUACGAGGACGGUACAAGAUACCAAUGUUCAUUGUAUCCGGAAAAAAUAUUACUUUAGAUGGAUCACACCCAUGUUUGUUUUAUGGAUAUGGUGGAUUUAACAUUAGUAUCACACCCUCGUUUAGUAUCAGUCGUACUGUGCUCACGGGGCAUCUUGGUGUUGUAUUCUGCCUUGCUAAUAUUCGUGGUGGUAGAGAAUAUUGGGAAGAAUGGCACAAAGCUGCCCAGCUUGCGAAAAAACAGAAUUGCUUUGAUGACUUCAUUUCUGCUGCUGAACACCUCAUAAAUACACAGCCCAAAAAGUUGUGUAUUGAAGGGGGAUGCAAUGGCGGGCUUCUUAUUGGAGCUUGUAUAAAUCAGGUAUUCGCCAUUACAUAAUGUCAGAAGACCAUGAGAGCAGCACCCUGAUCAACUGUGCCAGUACCCGCCUACCAUUCUGUUGACUGCCGAUCAUGAUGGCCAAGUUGUGCCACUUCACAGUUCACACAUUGAAUUUUUAGCGAUCAGUCGCUGACUAUUUAUAUUAUGCUAGUUUGUCAUGUCGAGUUUGCUUUGAUUUGUUUACUGAAAAAGAAACCGUUAAAAGUUUAGCAAGUUGUAACUUGUAAGCAUGCAAAUCCUUUAAACAUUCCACAUUUCUGUAGUACUA